AUUAAAAAAAACAAAUUAUGUUGACGACGAUGAUGAUGAAUGAAGAAAGCAAAAUGAUGUCCGGGAAACAUUUCAAAGCUCACGAAGUGAGCUGCUGCAUCAAGUAUUUCAUCUUUGGAUUCAAUAUAAUAUUCUGGUUUCUUGGUGUGGCGUUCCUUGGUAUUGGGCUGUGGGCGUGGAGUGAAAAGGGUGUUCUGUCCAACAUCUCGUCCAUCACAGACCUGGGCGGCUUUGACCCGGUCUGGCUCUUCCUGGUGGUGGGUGGUGUGAUGUUCAUCCUUGGAUUCGCUGGCUGCAUCGGUGCCCUGCGAGAAAACUCCUUCUUGCUCAAAUUUUUCUCUGUGUUCUUGGGCAUCAUCUUCUUCUUGGAGCUGACUGCAGGAGUGCUGGCCUUCGUGUUCAAAGAUUGGAUCAAGGACCAGCUCAAUUUUUUCAUCAACAACAACAUUCGCGCAUAUCGAGAUGACAUUGACCUUCAGAACCUUAUCGAUUUCACACAGGAAUAUUGGGAGUGCUGUGGAGCUUUUGGAGCGGACGAUUGGAAUCUCAACAUCUACUUCAACUGCACUGAUUCCAACCCGAGCCGCGAGAAAUGCGGCGUGCCCUUUUCCUGUUGUACCAAAGAUCCAGCAGAGGAUGUCAUUAACACUCAGUGUGGCUACGACAUACGAGCAAAAACAGACUCUGAACAGAGAGCGUUCAUCUACAUCAAAGGUUGCGUCCCUCAGUUUGAGAAGUGGCUUCAGGACAACCUGACGGUGGUAGCUGGUAUAUUUAUUGGCAUUGCAUUGUUGCAGAUUUUUGGCAUCUGUUUAGCACAGAAUCUGCUGAGUGAUAUUGAAGCAGUUAGAGAAAGCUGUUUGUUUACCUGAAACUGCCACAGAAUUCCCAUGGCAAGAAGGAUGUACUCUGACUCUUCUAUUUGGAUCACUGCAGCACUGAAGGGAACUAAACUGGUGAUCUAUUCUAACCAAACUGAGGAGCCUGAGUAACUGUGUAAAUAGUAAAUUUAAAAUUAUUUUUCGAGUUGUUUGCGGGCCUUGAAUGAAGUGCAACCUCUGAAAUCUUUAUUACCAGCUGUGACUGUGAAGUGGCCAUACGUCGUGAGGAGGGCGCAGUCGCAUUCUCACCGAGGUUGUGCUUCGUUCAGAAAAUGGCUUCCGUUUUCUAUGGCUGCAGUUUUUAACACUGCAUGCAAGAGUUGUGUACAAAGAAAAUGACUCUGGAAAUGCACUGCAUGCCUAUUGUCUAUUGGUCAGACAUCGGCUCUCCUAACUGUAUUCCAUUAAGUAUUUUAAAAUAUUUGUGUAGUAGUGAAUUGGCUGCUGAGCACUUUGUGGAAUGUUUAAUUGACCAGACUCAAACCUGCAGAGAAUUAACUUCAAUUUCCAUCUGAGCUCAUCUUCAUGUCAUAAAGUUCGAAAGGGACACAACAGAAAACAUUCUUUUUUGUGAUGAUAAUAAUAAUAAUGUAGUGCCACUGAGAGAUGGAACAGAAAUUGCAAACUUUGCAAUGAUGCAGUUUGUAAGAAUUUUCGGGGCGUGACUUCAAAAAUAAAUAUAUUGAAAGCGCAAAAGAAAAAAUAACAAAAAACAAGCGCAUGCACUUUAAUCUCCGUUUGAGACUGAUGAAGUCGCACAGUACUGACUGUUGUAUUUCUCAAGCAGACAGCCAUUGAGGGCGCACUUUUUAAGAACUGGCAUAUCGCUAUAUCUUUUCAGCGCUUUGUAACUGUCUCAUAUAUUUUGACUUAAAGUAGCUAUACUGAUAACAUGUUUCAGCACAUUAUCAGAGCUUUGCACAAGUUUAUUUUGCUUUGAACAGUGUUCAUUCAGUUUAGUUCUUGAAAAUUUGCUGCCAUGUCUAUUGAAUUCUAAUUGAUAAUGUGCUUUUCUUGAUUGUCUGUUUUUCUGUUUUGAUGUUGACAUUUUCACUGGAGAAUUAAAAUUAAAGGUUUUUUUUUUUUUUUUUUUUUUUUUUUGCUGGCACUUAAGUGAACAUAGAACUCAUUUAUUUUCUACAUUCAAACUUGGAAAGUGAAGCCGGCCUCACAUUACAUGUUAUGAUACGAAUGCACAUUAUGCCACGAUCGCAGAGAAAUGCACACUGUAUUGCAUCCUGUAUGGAGUGAUUGCUUUAUGAUCAGGCAUGUUGGUGAAAUCAGACCGUAACGCAUCAAUGUCACCAUGCUCCAAAAUCUUAUGAUGCAACUGGCACUAUAUGGCCUGAAUUUCAUGCUGUAACUACACUAUUUGCAUGGUGUUGCAUACAUAUUACAGGCAGAAGAGCACACAAAGAGGGGCACGCAGGCAAACACACAUGCAUUACACAUUUGCACAUGAUACAGAUGUAACAUUUUACCCUUGCCAAAGGAAGAGAGGAGGAAAACAAAAGCUGCUUUGUAGAAGCUAACGGUCUAUGCGUAAAGGUGCCCCCGCCCACAUAGCUCUGUAGAGCCACAAUAGAUGAAUAAAAAUAGCCAAGCCCAUGUAGAAUAUAUACAACAUAAUUUUUUUGCAGUACGAUUUAUUCAUGUGCACAGGAUGCUGUAAAUAUCUAAAUAUUUUUUGCAGCACAUACUGCAUUCCUACAUCUGUGCACAUGACCUGCACAGCUCUUGCUGUCUUCCGAUUGUGCGGUGCAGAUAGAGGUGCACGUAGCAUGUGCCUUUGAUUCUACAGUUCUUCUACAAUACACUCCUGCGUUCUGUUGAUACAGCAUGAUUGCAUCAUCGUCAUCAUGUGGUUUUUGGCUGGCUCAAUGUGCACUCGCUGCCUCUCACCUACAUCAUUUUAAAUGAAAAUAUGAGAUCAGAUUUGUUUUCUUAAUCACCUGAAAACAUGAGAAGAGAGAACAUUUAAAGGGAGGGCACAAUCAAUCAACUUUUUUCUUAUAUAGCGCCAAAUCACAACAAACAGUUGCCCCAAGGCGCUCAAACACAACACAGAAGCAAGGGUGAGAAUUUCACUAAAAAUCAUGGUGAAUGUGGAGGUUUCCCACAUCUUAAUCUUUGUCAUGAAAUAAAGUAAAUAAUAAGAAAUAAAUACUUAAAGACACCAAGGGGAUUUUCUUCAAAACUUCAUGACUGUUUGUAUUGACUGAUUCUUACCAUUCAGUGCCAUAUGUGUAUUUUGACUACUUUUUUUAAGUGUACUCCUAAUUGAUGUAAAUAAUGAAGUUGUGAAAAGAUGUAAAUAUCUAAAUAAAUGUGGUUCUUUAUA